UUGAAUGUGUCCUCGGAUUAGCUCUCGCGUGUGAUUAGUUGUUGUUGCGGCGCUGCAUCCGCUUUCUUGGAUCUGAUUGGUGAAGCCUGCUGUCAGUACAGUCAUAUCCGCCCCUUUCUCUGUUUGGUUGGAGCUAUCUGAUACCCUUUCUCUCGGUGGUGGGUCGGAGCCGGCCUGGCCUCGCAUGUCCCCCCCUCUAAAUUCCUGUUUUGAAUUGAAUGCCCGUAUUUUAGGUUUUCUUUAUUUACACGCCUCUUAAGGGCCACUGUCGGCUGUCCGCGCGCCGGUGUUUUAUUUGUCCCAGCAUUUGGCGUUGAGAGGCUAACCCAAAACAUGGCCGUGGUGAACGCAUCGUCUGGGCCAGUAGCCCGGCUCGAGGGCCGUGAAUUCGAAUAUAUGAUGAAAAAGCGCUCGGUAACUAUCGGUCGGAACUCGUCUCAGGGCUCAGUGGACGUGAGCAUGGGCCACUCCAGCUUCAUCUCACGGAGGCAUCUGGAAAUAUUCACCGCCAGUGACGAUGGCACCGGCAGCGGAGAGUUCUAUCUGAGGUGUCUGGGUAAAAAUGGGGUGUUUGUAGACGGAGUGUUCCUCAGACGGGGCGCCCCUCCCCUGCAGCUACCACGAAUGUGCACUUUCAGGUUCCCCAGCACAAACAUCAAGAUCACAUUCACAGCUCUGUCCAGUGGGAAGAAAGUGAAGCGUGAAGCUCCCGAGUCCCCAGUGAAGCCAGUACAGCCUCAGAUCUCCCCACUGACCAUCAACAUUCCAGACAACAUUGCUCACCUAAUGAGCCCCCUGCCAUCACCUACAGGCACCAUUAGUGCUGCUAACUCGUGCCCCUCCAGCCCGCGAGGUGCAGGCUCUUCAGGCUACAGGAUGGGUGGUCGCAUGGUCAGCUCUGCAGAGCUGCAGCUUAUAAAUGACAACUCCCAGCCUGAGAAUGACAAAGAGGCCUCUGGAGGGGACAGCCCCAAGGACGACUCCAAACCACCCUACUCCUAUGCACAGCUGAUAGUCCAGGCUAUAACACUGGCACCGGACAAGCAGCUCACACUAAAUGGAAUCUAUAACCAUAUCACAAAGAACUACCCUUACUACAGGACUGCAGACAAGGGCUGGCAGAACUCGAUUCGUCAUAACUUGUCAUUGAACCGUUACUUCAUCAAAGUGGCACGUUCGCAGGAGGAGCCUGGCAAAGGUUCAUUCUGGAGGAUAGACCCGUCCUCAGAGGGCAAGCUGAUCGAACAGGCCUUCAGGAAAAGAAGGCCCCGGGGUGUCCCCUGCUUUAGAACUCCUCAUGGACCCCUCUCCUCUAGGAGUGCCCCAGCAUCUCCCAAUCACUCAGGGGUGCUCUCCGCUCACUCCAGUGGCGUCCAGACCCCUGACAGCUUAUCACGAGAGGGCUCCCCUGUUCCCUUGGAAUUGGAGACUUCCUCAGCUCCUGCCCCAGCAUCCACCACAGUGGUCCAGCCCAAACUGGCCGUCAUCCAGGAAGCUCGCUUUGCACAAAACACACCAGCCUCGCCUGUUAGCAACCAGCCGGUACUCAUAGCAGUCCAGCGUCAGUUACCUCAGACCAUCAAACCAGUGACCUACACCAUGGCCUCCCCAGUGAGCACCAGCACCUCCCAGCCUGCUGUCCAGACUGUACAUGUCCUGCAGCAGAUCGCGGCGGGGUCCCUCAGCAUCGCCCAGCCUGCCACCAUCAUCAAGAGUGAGCCACAGGAGAAUGGAGAACACACAGAGGUCAAAGUCAAAGUGGAGACAGUUCCCACCAUCACCUCUAUAGGCGGCUCCAGUCGCAUCAUCCAGAGCUCUCAGUCAGCCAUGCCCCUGCAGACUGUUGCCAUAGUGCAGCAGGCCCCCGUGGGUCAGCACCAGCUGCCCAUUAAGACCAUCACACAGAACGGCACCCACAGCAGCACCACUGCCAUCCAGGGACCUGCCAGCUCAGCUGUGGCAAGCCCCCUCCACCUGCUGGCAGCCCACGCAUCAGCCUCGGCCUCCCUCCCCACCAAACGGCAGAAUGGGGAGCAGCUGGCCAGCGAACAGCCGGAUGCUAAACGCAUCAAAUCAGAGGAGGAUGCAGCCCCAACCCCCUCGACCCCGGCCUGCGCAGCAGACUCGGACUCCUCGGCAGCUAACGACCAAGGCAGCCACCCCAACUAGUCUGUAUAACCACACCACACAACCACCAUCACCACCACCUUCUCCUCCUUCCACGUUUCCUCUCUUGUCCUUGUCAUUUGUUUUAUUUCUCCUCCUAACACUGACUCCCCAGGUGCCAAACAGAAGUUUCUUUUCAUUUUGGGUUAUUUGUUAUAGAGCAUCAAAAGAAAAGAAAAGUCCACCCCCUUAAAGACUGGAAUGGUGGGUUGAGAACAAAAUAAAGAAAUAGGACAAAGAUGAACUUAAGGUGUGCCCUGUGAGCCACUGAACCAGGAAAGUAAUUAAACCAAGUCUACAGGAAGACUUAACAGCAAUUAAAACCCUUAGGAGCUGACCUUUGACCUCGCACAGUUCAGCAAGGAGGGGUCCCGGCUCUGCUCGGGCUAGACGCCAUCUUUCUGCCAGUUCUGCCUCAGAACAGAUAGGAAACUCCAACAGACAAAAUCCUCCCCAGAUCUGUCAGAGCGGCUCUGGAGGAAGUGAUCAACCAAGUGACAAGGACGACGAGGAUUCAGUGUUUUAAAAUUAAAAAACACAUGCAGAAAGGGAUCAACUCGGCGCCAACUGUCCUGAAACUCUGGCAGCUAGCCUCUCUCAAUACUGAUCUUCUGUUAUUACAGCUGUACGUAGAUAUGCAGUAUUUUGUUGUUCAAAAUGUGGAGCAUAGAAUUUUUUUUUUAUUUUUUUUUUUACGUCUUUUCAGUUUUCUAGUUGAGUAACUAAAUUAAAGGAAGCAUACAAAACGUUGAGGUUGGUGACAUUUCGGUGACUAAGUUAGAAAGCUCACUUUUUUAUGUGGAACUUUUCUGUUCAGUGAAACAGUGUAAUAUUUUUCAUAAUGUGUUUAUUUUCCCUUUUGUUCUGACUUCUGAAACUGCUUCAUUAUACCUACGUAUUUUAAUACUUGCACAGAUAACCCAUAUAAGCAUAUGAAAUCUCCAUGUGUAGUUCCAGAUGUUGACUUGCAUGCAUCCAAAAACAGAAGUUGUAAUCUGUAAAUUGAACAGAGGUUAAAAAGACUAACUUUGUCCAAGCCUGACUUGCACUUGAUUAAAUGUUUUCAUUUCCCUUCUUC